GGUCCUCAAGGCUGGUUGUAGCCGUCUCGCUCAGUAACCGCACCCGACUUGAGCUCGAGACAGGAGUGGGUUGAAGCGAUCGCGAGAGCAUCCUUGCGAAGCCACAGAAUCACAACAAUAAUUUCGGACUGAGGACAAUACGACUGUCAAACAUCGUCGCCUCAUCACCCGGGUGAUAUAGCCUACUGACCUAAAGAAAAAGCGUAGGGACAAUAUCAUUCAUGGAAAUAAAUUAGAAGCCUGCGAGUUUGAUUUGUUGUUGUUUUUAUUUUGGGGGGACAACACAGCCUUUUGAACCCCAAAAUGGCUGAGAUAACCAAUUUAAGACCAGCAUAUGAGGUGUCCCCGGUGCUGGCGGGCUUCCUGGGCGCCGGGGUCCUGGUGGUCUCAGUCACGGUGGCCGUCUUCCUCUGGACCUGCUGCCAGCGUCGCUACCGCCAGCUGACGGGCAGUUACAAGCUCCAAUCGGGACCCUGCGACCCGGCCGUGGACCCGCCCUACAAGUUCAUCCACAUGCUCAAGGGAAUCAGCAUCUACCCGGAGACACUUAGUAACACGAAGAUCGUCCGCGUGGGUCGACGCCCGGGCUCCUCGCGUAAUGGCGGCGGAUCCGGCGUUGAGUGGGGUCGUAAUGGUGAGCGAGGAAGAGGAGGGGGAGGAAGGGUGACGCUAGUGGACGUCAACCCAGAAACGGGCCUGCUCAACGGCUCCACCAAUCUGCAGAUGAGCCACCUACUGCCCCCUGCUGGACAGCCCAGGUUAGAGCAGGCGCUGCCCAUCCGCGCCGACUACUGCUGCCUGGAGAGCAGCUCCAGGGGUAACAGCAGUAGCAGUAGCUGUGACGCCAGCAAGACAGCCUCGCCCUUUACCCCGUGCCAGGGGGAGGGCACCACAAUGCCGCCCGCUGCUCUAGGCACCCUCAGCCUGGCCGUGGACUACAACUUCCCCAAGAAGGCGCUGGUGGUGACCAUUGUUGGCGCCCAGGGUCUGCCCGCCGUGGACGAGCAGGCGGGUAGCUCGGACCCCUACGUGAAGAUGACCAUACUGCCAGAAAAGAAGCAUCGGGUCAAGACCCGCGUUCUGAGGAAGACUCUGGAGCCGGUGUUUGAUGAGACGUUUACGUUCUACGGCGUGGCCUACAGCGCACUGCCCGACCUCACGCUGCACUUCCUGGUGCUAAGCUUUGACCGCUUUGCCCGUGACGAUGUCAUCGGGGAGGUGGCGGUGCCCCUGGCAGGGGUGGACCCCAGCACGGGACGAGUCCACAUCACCCAACAGAUCAGCAAGAGACACAUCCAGUGUGUGAGCCGUGGGGAGCUGCUGGUGUCUCUGUCCUACCAGCCUGUCACUCACAGGCUCAAUGUGGUGGUGCUGAAGGCCAAACACCUGCCCAGGAUGGACAUCACUGGCCUGUCAGGCAACCCCUACGUGAAGGUGAACGUGUUCUACGGCCGCAAGCGCAUCGCCAAGAAGAAGACUCACGUGAAGAAGUGCACGCUCAACCCCGUUUUUAACGAGUCAUUCAUCUACGACGUGCCCGCCGAGCUGCUGGCCGACGUCUCUGUGGAGUUCCUGGUGGUCGACUUUGACCGUACCACCAAGAACGAGGUGGUGGGCCGCCUGGUGUUGGGUGGCCAGAGCCUCAUGCACACUGGGGUCACCCACUGGAGAGAGGUCUGCGACAACCCCCGCCGGCAGAUUGCCAAGUGGCACAACCUGGGCGAGUAUUAGGACCGCUCAGAAAAAUAUCCCAAAAUGUUCCGGAUGUUUGCAAUUUUCUUGGAAUGGAUAUUCUGUCGAAAAACCACCACCACCACUACUAUUUCAAUCCUAUUCUCUUAGAAAUAAAACCCUUCCCACCUGAAAUAAAGAGACACAACCAGACCACCGUAACCCCACCCAGCAUGGACACUCGCUCCUAUGAAAAAUUCCCGCAACCAUUGAGACGACCACCGGGGCCGAGAAAAAUCUGACCAGACUUUCAGGAAUCACUGACGACAAAAGACUUGAUUGAGGAUUUAAAAAUCAAAAUCGGAAUAUAUAUCUAUAUAUACAUAUAAAAAUUUAUACACAAAUAUAUAGCCUACACAAUCAAUACUGUUAGCGAGAUCCAUGUGGUCCUACCGGUUGGUGGGUGUGUAAAGCGGCUGUGGUUCAUCCAAUCAGAGUUCACAACAGAGAGUGCAUCACAACUCCUCCCUCCUUCUCCAGCCCCUGCCACCCAUAGGUAUAAACAUUCCUUUACUUGCAUGCUUGAACAAGUUACAAAUAAAACACACCUGGGAAGGAAGGUGGCCACAGAAUACAGUAGGUCAUAUUUUCUCUUAACGUAGUGUACCAAUUCCCUUUAAAUCAGGAAGUAUCCCCUGGUACUGCACAAAAUUGGGAGGGUUUAUGUUAAUUAAAGGGUGUGGUUAAUUUAUAUUGCGAUGGGGCUGUUUUUUAAAGUAGGGAAAUGCUUCUUUUAACAGGAGUGGUAAUAUUAGAGGCGUGGUUAAUUUAUGGGGCAGGAUGGGAUACUAUAUUACAAUAUUUACCAGGGAUAAUAAAGUUGUUGCAAAGUGUUUAAGUUAUGGGCAGGUAAGGCUAUGGGGAGGACUUGAUGAUAUUUGAAAAUGUAUGCACUCACUAACUGUAAGUCGCUCUGGAUAAGAGCGUCUGCUAAAUGACUAAAAUGUAAUAUUUAUCACCACUUUUAUGUUUCUUUCUAUGUGGACCAAAUAUGUUUAAUCAGUAAGCUCACAUGCAGCAACAAUAUCCAUGAAACUCAAUAGUCAAACUGCAUUUGUCAGAGCUUUUUCAUGCACAGUGUAAAAUUGGCUUGAGUUCAAGCCAGCUCUCGUAGAGACAGGGACAAAAUGGAGACAUUCAUUUUGUGGGGCAGAUUCAUACCAACACUGGCAUAACAAUUGGACAUUAUCCACUUGCAGUUCACGUACAUGUUGGAAAACCAGUGUUCAGUAUGUUACAAUGUGUCUAUGAUAAGUGCAUUGUGGAGCUAAUCAAAACAGUUCAAUCUAAAUUGAGGGGAUGGAAUAAAACUCUGCCAUCUCAGUGAUAUCCCUUCACUGAACCCUCCCUCAGUAGCAAUCAAGGUUAGUGGAUUGGGUCUGCCCCAUUACAGUAAAUUGAUGAUUUCUGGUUUUAUUUUGUGACUGCUCCCUAUCAUUUUAUUGGUGCAUUUGUUUUUAGACCUGAUGUGAUGAGGUGAGGCUGUAGCUAUGUAGCAUGGGUAGCUAUAAUUCACUGGACCUUAAUGUACCAAAACCCGUUGUUUAUAGUACAUCUGUUGUCAUAGUGACCACAUGAGCAAAGGUCAAUGAGUGUAUCUAUAACUUUGUGUCUGAAUCACCAAUUUUACCAGUUUAACCAAUUUUACCAGAGAGAGCUUCGUAGUUUAUAUGCUGUUCCACAGUGGCCAUUUGACCCAGUAUACACUUGCCUGGCAGUGCUUUACUCCUGUUGAAUUUAUUUGAAUAAAUAAUUUAGUAGAAUUUAUAGCCAUGUUACUGGUAACAGCUCAGUAUAUCCUCGUUUGAACUCUGCAUCUUAAGAAUUGUACAUUCAUUUUUUUCAAUAUAUUUUGUGUGGGGUGAGUAUGUGAGAAUUUCAAAUGUUCAUCUCCUGCAAUGUCACAUCCACUGAACUCAUCAAAGGUGUCUAUGUCGUCAGCUCUCGUUCUGGUUCCCUCUUCUCCCCAAGCUCUCGCUCUCUCUGUCUAUCACCGCUGUUGCUCCACGGCGCGGUCCCUAUUCUGUCAGAGGCAAAAAAAAUGUUUUUACUCUGAUAGUCAGUAGUGAUCAAAGGAAGUCAAGCUGUCACCGCACACUAUGUCUCUUUGCUGUGUGUGUACACUGUAUCUCACUGAAUGUCCUAACCUCUUAGCUUGAAUGCUGCAUGUCCCUACACUCCCACACAGGUAAACAAUGUACACAAUCCACUUCACCGGCCUCUGAGUUGCUCAAACUGCAUCCCUACAAACUGGCUGCAAUGCGAGUUUGAGCUAACUUGAGCUAGCAAACAAAUCAACAUAAAUGUUUAUAACAUUAUUUGUGUGGCGUAGUCACUCAGCAAGCUUAUUUUCCUAAUGUUUGGCAUAUCACAGUUUUAUGUACUGUAGAUACCAUCGAUAGCAGUAAUGGCACUGUAAGUGGUUAAGUGGGCAGUUGUGUCCUUUCCUAUAAAAGUAAUCACAUCCCACAAGGAACUGAGUGUAGGCAGGACUCACAUUUAGGCUGCACACUGAACAUUUUGGAUAUCUGAUCGCACUUUGAAAAGCCCAAAGCAACCUUUUAGUUUUUAUCACUUGUUGAUUUGAUCAAACCUUUUUUUGCUACGGAACUAGAUUUUUUUUGCUCUCUGAUACUUUUUGAAAAUACAAAAAUAUAUUUGUACAUAUUGUAACAUAGGAGGCUAAUAUCUUGUUUUUGCUAACAAAUUGGCAUAUUAAUUUGUGUCUUAGUUUUCCCCUUCAGCCCCCCCACAUACAUUUAUUUAGGUAAAAAGGUAGACUUUGCCUAUUCAGUUCUUGACAUCCUGCGCAUGUCCUUAGUCCUAUAGUAUUCCCUCUCACAGCCAUGAGAAAUUCGUAAACUGAACAAAAAUAUAAAUGCAACAUUUUACUGAGUUACAGUUCAUAUUACAUUUACAUUUCAGUCAUUUA